AUGACGAAAGAUUCAUUUCCCUUAUUGAUACUUCUCGUCAUCCUGUUUUUACAAAUUCCACUAUCAACUCGCGCUUACGUCAACAACAGGUCUAAUUCUUCUUGGACUUUCUGGAAUUAUGAAGAUGGACAUAGAAAAUGUGCAAAUAUAUGUAUAACAGUAUUUGUAAUAACUGCCGUUUUGUUGACAGCAUUAUGUGUUUAUGGUAUUUUUUUAUGUGUGAAAAGUAAAUAUAAAAAAAAUUCUGAGGAAGAAAAGGGAGAGCCGUAUAAUAAAGAAACUGGUGGAAAUAGUAUGGAUAAUAUUUAUGUUUGA